AUGCCCAAGAUCAUCGGAACACACAGCGGUCACUUUCAUUGUGAUGAAGCCUUAGCAGUUGCCCUUUUAAAGAGAACUGAAGAGUUUAAAGAUGCCACAUUAGUUCGUACACGUGACCCUAAAAAGCUCGAAGAGUGCGAUGUUGUCAUUGAUGUUGGAGGUGUGUAUGAUCCUUCUGCCCAUCGAUAUGAUCAUCACCAGCGCGGAUUCACAGAGACUUUCGAUGAUAAGCAUGCCACUAAGCUUAGUUCUGCUGGUUUAGUAUACAAACACUUUGGAAGAGAAGUUGUCGGCUCAGUCCUUGGAAGUGAUGUUUCUGCUGAAGAUGCUGAAAAAAUUUAUCUCAAGACCUAUGAUUGUUUUGUAGAAGCUCUUGAUGCUAAUGAUAACGGCGUUAGUGCAUACCCUAGUAGCAUUACGCCUCUAUUCAAAGAAAGUCCUACAAGUCUUCCAAGCAGAGUUGCUAGUCUGAAUCCUGCCUGGAACCAAACUGCCACUGAUGCUGACAUUGAUGCUUGCUUCCUCAAAGCCUCUGAAAUGGCAGGCACAGAAUUGAUAGAUUACGUUACAAGACUCAAAUCAAUUUGGUUACCCGCUCGUACUCUUGUAGUAGAAGCACUUGAUAGAGCAGAUGAAGUCCACUCAUCUGGCCGUGUGAUUGCUUUGGAACGUGCAUGUCCAUGGAAAGAGCACUUGUUUGAUCUCGAAAGUGAACGUGGUUUGACAAAUGGAAAGGAAAUUCUGUAUGUACUUUAUCCUGAAAGUAAUCCUGAAGGAAAUUGGAGAAUACAAUGUGUUCCUACUCGUCUUGAGGGCUUUGAAAAUAGAAAAAGCUUACCUGAAGCCUGGAGAGGUGUUCGUGACGAAGAGCUUAGUCGUCUUUCAGGUGUUGAUAACUGUAUUUUUGUGCAUGCUGCAGGCUUUAUUGGCGGCAACAAGACACGUGAAGGCGCUUACAAAAUGGCAAAGUUAGCCUUAGAAUUGUAA